CCUCAAGAAGUUUAGGAACGUUAGGAUUUUAGGAACUCUGGCUGUCCGUUGUCGAUGAAAUAUUUUGCUGUGAUAUAGUCAUUAGUCUGGUUGUUAACUUUACGUAUUUUGUGAUGUUGUCAGACGGAAGCUAAUUCUUAUGUGAUUUUGUGUGUUAUAAUGUAGGUGGUUUUUACGCGAGUGAUAAUAAUUGACAAUUUAAAUCUUGGGGUUCUAAUAAGUUCAUGUCAUUGAGAGAUCACGAUGCGUAUCGGUUUUGUGUUUUAUUGGUGCUUGUUUGCUCUGCAUAUGUGUAAUGCAAAUGAUGGAGAGAAGACUGAAUCCAGAGAAGGUGGACGUAGAUCUCAAUGGGGGCCUGUAGUGAGGAGUAAUUCUUUCAUGAGCGAUGCGGCGGCAACGAACGAGCUGAUAUUGACGGAGGCGUGCAAUAACGAGCCGUCUUGUCUUCAAGACCACGCCGGUCUCGAGGCCAUCACUCAGCUUCAUCGGCAGCUGGAUGAUGAUGCCAAUGGCAAUGUGGACCUCAGCGAGAGUGAUGAUUUUCUUCGCGAGGAGCUCCAGUACGAUAGCGGCUACGAGAAGCGGCAACGCGCCUUCCAUCACAAUGAUGAUAUGCAUAUCUCCGUGAAGGAGCUUUGGGAGGCAUGGCUUAGAUCUGAAGUACAUAACUGGACCGUGGAGCAGACAGUGGAAUGGCUGUCGGACUCUGUGGACCUUCCCCAGUACAAGACGCUAUUCCUGCAACACCGCGUCACAGGAGCCACACUACCCAGAUUGGCUGUCAACAAUAUGCAGUACCUGAGCAAUGUGUUGGGCAUCAAGGACCCUAUACACAAACAGAAGCUUGCCUUGAAGGCAAUGGAUGUUGUGCUCUUCGGUCCUCCUAAGGAAGGCAGUCGAUGGAAGGAUUGGUUACUGGCGUCGCUGCUGCUCGGGGCUGUGGUUGGUUCCUGGGCGGCGCUGAGAGCUGGCCGCGCCAGCAGGCACCAGCUGCAGAGGAUGCUGCGGGACAUGGAACACCUGAGGAAGGCGGAGAUGGCACUGGAUGACAUGCAGAAAGAGCUGGAGAAGGCUCGCUUGGAACAGGAAAGUGCGACCACAGAGAAAAUAAACUUGGAGAAAAAGCUGAGAGAAGCUGGCGACACGCCCCUUUUAAACUCCGCCUCUUCGGAUUUGGAAAUGUCACAGCUUAAAGCUGAAAUUGAGAUGCUCAGAGCAGAACUUCGGAGGGCGGAAGGAGAGUUGGAGGACCGAUGCUGGGCCCCACCUCCGGGACUCCAGCAGUGGCUGCAGCUAACUCACGAGGUCGAGAACCGCGCAUAUCUGAGGAAGAAGCAGCAGGCCGAUAUGCAGCUUCAACAAGCCAGGGAAGCGUGCGAAAAGUUGCGUAAGAAGCGCUCUAGUCUGGUUGGUGCAUUUGUUUCGACUCAUGGGAAGUCCAUAGAUGACGUCGACAGAUCCAUUGUGGAGGCUCGGACGGCGCUCAAUGAAGUUACGCAUGAAUUACAGGAGCGUAUGCACAGAUGGAAACAGAUUGAGCGCAUGUGCGGGUUCAACAUUAUCAACAACAACGGUUUGCAGUUCCUCGAAAGCCAACUCUAUCGUACUAUCAACGGUCGUCCCGCUGGGAAAGUUCGCGUAAGCAAUUCCCAGGACGAUUUGAGUGUUGGCGACGACACGUCACUCUGCGGCUCAGUGGCCGACAACUUUGGAUGGCGGGAGGACUCGUCGGGUAGUGAAACUGACGCACCACACUAUCCGUUGGACCUUCGAUUGGCCGAAGCUAGGUUGCAGUUGGAGGAGCGGCUAGCGCAGGAAACGCGUGAGGGCAAGGAUCGCAAACAAGAAGAGAAGGGGCGGAGCUCCGGGGACGUGAGGAGGAGUCCGGCGGACGAGCGGCGCCGGGAGCAGCCCGUGAACUUUGUACUGGGCGGAGAUAAUGCCAACUACUGGCCGGCCGAAGACCUCACCCGUUCGCCUCACUCGCAGUCUCAGCCGCAACUUCGCGCAUCCGUUAGGCCCCUCCCUCCGCCGCGAAGGCCCGCCCCCACCCAGAUAGUCCGUUCCCGCAGCACUGACAUCGUCCCCUACAACCCUGAUGAACCGAAACCACCUCCGAGGCCCUUCAACAGGCAAAAGGCCCUAGCGGAAAGCGUCGAGUCAGUGCCCUCAAGCAAUACACCCCCAGAAGAAGAGUCCACUGACUCCUCUAUAAUGGAAGACGAAGCUAUCGCGAAACCGCGCCGUAGACGAAUCAACUUGCCGUUUGGGAAGAAGGCUAAGACCCCUGCGUGAUUAGUGCUUCAGUGUUGCCCCCUAUUAGACUGCGUUGAACGCAUCACGUGCAUAUACCGUAUACUUAUGGCCUGUGCGUUAAAUAAGUCCGCAACUGCGUACGUGUACGCAAUUGCGUACUCAUUUCACACAUUGCCCUAAAUUUAUUUAUAGUACGAAAUCAGGGGCUGCAAGUUGGUACGCGCGCUCGUUUGCCAUUAAAAUAAAUAACAUAAAAAAAAUAUAAAUAAAUCCAUAGAUACUUUUUUCAUAACAUAUUCCUGUCUGAAGUUUUCUAUUAUUAUUCGAUCAUUAAACGGAUUUUAUUGUAAAUUAUGAGACAGUCGAAUUUUUUUUCUAUAGGCCCUUAUUUAAUUUUAAAUGACAAUGUCUUCCUGUUGUGUGUAUUUUUUAGAAUGGAAUGUUAGACUCAAUUUCGAUAUUUUUAUUUAUUUGAGUAGCUGAAUAAGUAGCAAAUGAUAGUUAGUGAAAUAUGUUGCACUGGAUGCCAAUAACAUAGUCUUUAUUAUGCGUAAAGACGAUAAGUAUAAACAGUUUAAACGAUUCUUAAUCCUUAGUAACUGUGUUAUUCAUUGUAGUGAGCUAGUACAGUGCUUUCUCUGUGACAAAUAGCAAAUAAAUGACAUGUACAGAAAAAUUCGUUACAAGGCCAUUGCGGAAAUGUGUAAGGUGCGUUGUGCGUUUUGCACAUUGCGACGUUUAAUUUUUUUUUAGUGUUUUAACUUUCUACGACGUAUUACAUCUAUAAUAGAAGAUACAUCAAUCAAUUAUUACUGUAUAUAGGUACAAAUAUUUAUUAAUAUCCAAAUGUUGUGAUUUUUAUUGAGUGCAAAUUCUGCUAAAAAUUUUCUCUUUUCGACACGUCUUUUCGCCUGAGGCCUUUUUUCCAGAGACAUGCUCAGGAUGUGUUGACUCGCCAAAUUCGAGACUCAGUCUCAUAAUAAAAAUCACAAUAAUUGGAUAAUUGUGGAUUUUCGCAAAAAUAAUGCCUAAUUCAAUAAAUUUAUAAAUAUUGUAUAAAUUAUAGCCUCAACGGUAAUAAUUUAAAAGUCUAUAGUUAAUGUCAAGCCAUGAAACCACAGUAUUCGAUCCCCAAUUUGGUGGGAACGUCUAACAAGCAUGACAUCUAAACACAGACUAAAUAAAAAUAGUCGCAGUGUGAACACAGCCCAAACGACCAAGAUCUGCUAGCCAAUCACAGAUAAGAUACGUUUUCUGAUAACUCGAUUGGCUAUAGUUAGUAUUGGCGCAAGAACGUUGUGUUAUUGUGUUGAUAGAAUUUUACUAAUAAUUUACAAUUGAAAAGGAACUUGUUUUAAGUAGGAACAAUCUUUUGUAGGUAUUUUUCAAAUCCUCAAUUGUUAUGAUACACUACCACAAUACUGUAUUGUGAUACUACUGCGAAAAGUAUUUAUUAUUACGAUGAUAAUUUAACGAAUAUUUAUUUAAAAUGUUUUGAAGUAAUAUAAGGCCGCGUACAGUAUUUUGCAACGCAACAUUUUCUCUUAGUACAAAGUUAAAGUAUACAACUUAGACUGCCUGUUGCAAAUUAUGAGUUGGAUCUACAUCGAAAUAGAAAAUCGUGUUGGUGACAGACAAUAAUACUUCUUCAACAUAUGUAAGUAGCUACAAUCACAUGCAAGGUAGAGAGACCUUCCUUUGCCAGGGUCCUGUCUAUAUAUAUUUUCUUGCUUCUCCUUCCAAUUGCAUCAACUCUUCAAUAAACAAAAUUACAAAGGGCAUAUCACUUUAAAUGAGCAUGCCUAGAAAUUUACUAUAAUCUAGCUUACCAAAAGCUGAAUAUAUAGAGGCGGCAAAUUUCAUAUGGCAUUACCAACUAAGUAGGAAUAAAUAAUUUUGGUACUUUUUCUAGGUAUGAAUUUUUUUUUUGAUAAUUCUUUAGCGGUAUUAGGUUUGGUUUUUUAAUUUUGUACAGUCAUUUAUAACAUAAUUCUAGUAGACAGAUUAAUGAGACAUGAGCUCUUUGCUUCUUUCUCUUUUAGUGCAAGAACAAUAUUUUAUGAAGACCGCUACACUGCUGAUGUGAGCAUAAAAAUAAAAGACAUGUAGGAAGAAUACCACACUAGUCGUUAUAAUCAAAAUCUGAUUGUAAAGUUUCUACUUUCAUAGAUUUAUCUGAACUACUACUGGAACUAUCAUCCUUCACACUUAUGAUGAAGGGUUCUAGCUAUUCUAUUAUUCCAUCCCUCGUUUUGUACUACACUUCAAAAUGAAGAAUAUGCAGAAAUAGCAAUAUUUCUGCUGGCUACUUUUCGCUUCGCCAAACUCCAGAUAGAACAGCAGUUCUAUUGGAUUAAGAUUACAGUGAUUAGGUGGAAGUCUUAACACUUUUGGAAUUUAGUUGCGUUGCACAUAGUAAUCGUAUAAUCUGUAUGCGGCCUUACAUAGAGUUAUAUGAGACAUUUCACUUUUAUUAUCGUUGCGUGUGUUAUACGAAUGACAGCUCCGUGCCAUAAACAAUCGGUGCGGUAGAUAUUUGGUUACAACAUAACCGCUUGUGGUUUUCUAUAAAAAUGAAGAAGAGCGUGCCCUUAUCGAUAACUUUUACAUCACGUUGUAAUACAGGCACGCGUUCCACCUGUGAGUCUCAGGGUGGCGGGUGCAAUGCGAUGGGGUUUGAUCCUGAUACGUACGCCCUAAUAAAAAUCCACAUGAAUCACUACCGCACCUAGGUUUUAUCGCGCCGCGGGCAUCGAACGUUUGACAUUAAUAUUUGCGUCACAAUGGUACCUACUGUGGAUCGCGGGGUACCGAAAUGCCAAUAUCGUAAAGUGAGAUAUUUGUUUUAGAUACCAUAUGUGUUAGUUUUACUUUUGAGUGAUGCUAGAAAUCAUUUAAGGACGAACGUUUUAUGUCACAGAUAUUUGUAUUCCUAAAAUUCAUAUUUUAUCAUCCUAAUUAUUUUCGACAUGAACAAAACUUUUAACGGAUCAUCGUCGGUAGCAAUAACAAAAAUUAAUUGUGUUGUCGGGUGAAGAACGUGUGAUAUUCUAUCGAGAAUAUUAAUUACGGGCGCGUCUCUUAUAAUUUAUUGGUUUUAUUGUUGAAAUGAUCCGUUAAUAGUUAGAUGUCAAUAUUUUGUUAAAUGAAAAAUAUGAGUAGGUUUAGUGUGUUUUCCUGAGAUAUUUCAAAUUAGCAAUGUUCUCGCUAGUGGAUUUUUGUGUGCAGAAACUUUGUUAAUUGUAAAUACCAGUAAAAUCCGAAAGUGUUUUUUUUUAUAUAAAUUCGUGGCAAUAAUUCGUGAUAGGAAAUUGUUUUGAUGUCGCAAACUAUAUUAAGUCUUAAUGGUUGUGCUGUUUACUUAGGUGGGUCACACACUGCGCGUUUCAAAUUAAAAUAUUUUUAUUCAAAAUAGGAUUUAAAAUCACUUAUUGAACGUCAAAAUCUACAUCCCGUUAGUAAGCGUCUGGGUAAACGUUUGAUUAGUCAAGUAAACUUCGUUUAAAAACAUAUUUUAGUAGCUGUACAGAAUGGUUAUUUUAAAUAUGUCUUAACUAUUUAUAUAAACUUCUAAAGGAAAAGAUAAAUAUUCCGAAAAAGAUUUAAUGAUUGUUAGUAUUUUCGGUGGUGGUAUUGUACUAUACUACAUAUUGCUUAAAUCUUUGCUAGUGUGUUUCUAAAUUUAUUCAAAUUUGUGAGGCCUGUGUUUGCUGUCUUAUUACUUACUUUCAAACAGCACGGGUGCACAAGCAUAUUUGGGAGUGAUUUUGCAAAUUAAAGCGACAACCCGUUUAAGUUGUGUCAGAUUCCAAAAUAUAUUCGCAAAAAUACUUUUCGAUUUACUUACUUUCAAACAGCACGGGUGCACAAGCAUAUUUGGGAGUGAUUUUGCAAAUUAAAGCGACAACCCGUUUAAGUUGUGUCAGAUUCCAAAAUAGAUUCGCAAAAAUACUUUUCGAUGACUACGAAAAAGCUAUUAACUGUUUAAAUACCUUGUCUUGUUGAUGGCACGCUUUCUGGGGACAGCAGUGUGAACAGUACUAAAUCUAGUACUACUUCUCAAAAUGAAAUAAAUUUACGUGCGGGUAGGAUUUAGCUAACGCGCGGUGUGGGACCGGCCUUAUUUGUAUUUACAAUGAUUUUUACACGUCCACUGUUUUAUGAUCGCACCAUUCCCUGGUUAGUAUGAUAGUGGUGUUGCCCAAUAGGAUAAUAUUUGAUUAAUUUUAAGAAAAUCUGGUGCUAAAACAACGUUAGACUGAAAACUACGAGAUGGCUUUGUAUUUUAUCUAUUUGUUCCUCUGCAGCCAUAAAUUGUCAGUAUUUUAAUAUGCGUAAUGUAAUGUUAUAAUUAUAUGUAUUUACGAUCUUACCAUAAAUAUAAAUAAAAGAUUGAAUACACGUUUAUCACGUCAUCUCGCCUUAGACCGCCAUCGUUCUCUGUAUGUGAACUAGGCCUUAGAAAUUAUACGUUUUUUAAUCUGUAACACCUUUGUACAGGAUAUUAUUUUUACUAAAGGAAGUUUAAAGGAUUAUUAAUUAUUGCAUUAUCUAAUCAAUCAAGUAAAUUUAUAUUAAAACUCAAAAUUUCAAUUCGGAGAAUCUUAAUUAUUAAACAAUUAUUUAUCGCAGAGAUGCAAUGGACGAGUGUUCAAUAUUUGUUUGAAUAGUUUUGGAAAGACUGCUAAAGUCCACAAGAGUACAAUGAGAUUGAAGUCACACCCCGUUUUCAGUUGUUAAGAAGUAAUUUGAAUCGCGCCACAAACGUGGAGAAACGAUGAUCUGAGUGCUAAAAGACAAUCGUGGUAGUUUUACUUCUUAAGUUACUAAUAAAUUGGUACUUAAAAA